CAGACUGUUAUCUGAUCCACAUCUCAUUUCCACAGCGAGGAGCUGAUCCUGCACAGCUCUGCAUCAGACACACCAAAGGAGAUGCGUUGCCUGCUGACAACCCAGAGCCAGAACUGCUACCGAGAGCAGAUCCAGAAGGAGAUGUUGACCCGUUUAGCCUGGAAGAGCCGCUAUGCCAAGCUUUACCCGUCCUGCUAUAACCCCCAAAACAAUAGCACAGAGCCAACACAGCUGCCACAUCUGCAUGCUGACCCACGAGCUAUCCUGCCUCCUGUUACCAGGACACCUGAGAAGCGAAGUGACCUUCAUCCUCCUACUCCUCCUCCUCCUGUGCUCACUUUGGAAGGGGAGGGGAGGCUUAACGUGACCCCACCGAUGAGGCCGGUUUCUCCCCAGACCAGACAUGCUCUCUAUCAGGACUCCUCUCACCAUGGGAAGGGGCGGCGUCUGUACCUGCAGAGACGUGGACAGAUUAGACCCGAGGAGAAGUUUGACUUUCCUUUGCUCUCGUCCUGGGAGUACGGCUGGAGGCUGGGUGACUACACUCUGGAUUACAGAACUCCGUCCCGCGCCAAGUCGUCGGUGGUGAAGAGCACGUUCUACGCCAGGAACGGUGUGUUCAGCAGCCCAUCAGCUACCGACACACUGGGCUGAGGUUCAGCCUUCAGACACCAGAGGUCUCUAAUGAGAGUGCAGAACAAGGAACUUUUCAACAUUAAUGUGAUAAUAUAAACUCUGAUUUUCUUUUAAUGGCCACUAGGGCUAAAUGUCCCCUCAGUUCAUGUGAUCUGGGGAUUUGGGAAAAAAAUAUAAUAAUGAUUGUUAUGAUUGAUCAUGUGAUUGGUAAUUUAUAAUGAAUUUGAAAGAGCAAUACAUAUUUAUGACAAGCUUAGAGGGUCCAAUCAGGUUCAACAGAUAAAUCCGCCUGGCAAUCCUUUACUUCCUGUACCACUGUCUGUUUACCUUCCACACACCUGUAAGGUUAAGUGUCUGCCAACCUGACACUGUGUGCUGGAUAAUUCAUGAACUCCUGGCCGGGUAUUAGUCGGAAAGCUAUACACCUGAUACCUCCAUGUUUUUAAAUAGUGAGCCACUGGAGGAAAUGUUACACACCACAACAUUAAAUAUUUUAUUUCUAAUCAGUCACAUUUCCAUUAUGCUUUUUUUUGUGUUUCAUUCCUGCACUGCUGUAUAGAUGUAUAUAUGUUUAUACUAUAUAAAAUAUAAACUUAUUUAAUGUGUAAAUAA